AUGGCAUCGGAAGUACAGAUCAGCAACGUGCAAAAGGUAGCGGACAAGGAGUUGGAGGAGAAGCUUGGCGUCAGCGCCAUUCUUGAGGCGAAGCAGGCUACCGAGGACGAACAUGCGCAGACGCUGGGCCAGGCGCUGCGGGAGAAUCGCAAGGCGGUUAUGUGGUCUAUUUUGAUAUCAAUGUCUAUUGUUAUGGAAGGGUAUGACACAAUUCUCAUGGGGAACUUCUUUGCCUACCCCGAGUUUCAGCGCAAGUUCGGGAGUUGGUAUGGCGGAGAUAUCGGCUGGCAGGUCUCUGGUCCUUGGCAGACGGGACUUUCCAUGGCAAGCACUGCCGGGGCCAUAUUUGGCGGUCUUUUGAACGGCCACUUCGCCUCGAAAUAUGGAUACCGAUGGGUCCUGAUUGUUGCGAUGGGAUUCCUCAACGUCUUCAUAUUUAUCAUCUUCUUUGCGACGGGGCCAGGGAUGCUCAUUGCUGGUCAAGUGCUUUGCGGUCUGUCAUGGGGAGUCUUUGCGACGCUUAGCCCGGCAUACGCUUCUGAAGUGUGUCCAACGAACCUACGUGGGUAUAUGACGACUUAUGUCAAUCUGUGCUGGGCUAUCGGCCAGCUCAUCGCAGCCGGCGUGCUCCGCGGUUGCCUCAAUAUCGUCGGAGACAAUGGCUAUCGCAUUCCAUUUGCCAUGCAGUGGUUGUGGCCUACCCCACUCAUGGUAGUCGCCUACCUCGCCCCCGAAAGCCCAUGGUUCCUCGUACGUAACGACCGUUUGGAUGAAGCCAAGCGCUCUAUCAUCAGGCUCAGUGGAAGCAAAACGGAAGAGCAGAUGAACUCGCAGCUAGCCAUGAUGUUGCACACAACCAAAACGGAAUCUGAAAUCACCAAAGAUGCCACUUACAUGGAAUGCUUCCGCAACGACAACCUGCGACGUACGGAGAUCUGCAUGGUUGCGUUGGCCGGACAGAUUCUCUCCGGGAGCAGUUUCGCUUACACUCCUACUUACUUCUUUACCACUGCUGGGAUGCCUACGGAGAGAGCUUUCGAUCUUAGUCUUGGUGCGAAGGCGAUGGCAUUUAUCGGGACGAUUCUGUCAUGGUGGUUGAUCUCAUACUGGGGACGACGCCCUAUCUACGUCACGGGCAUGGGACUUCUCUUCGUCAUUUUGAUGAUCAUCGGCAUUUUAAACGCUUCCGCUGGUUCCAACGCGCUCUGGCCAUCGGGUGGUCUUUGUGUUCUGUGGCUCUUCAUCUACUCCCUGACUAUCGGUCCUCUCGCUUACAGUAUUAUCUCCGAGACUUCGGCUGUCCGCUUACGGCCACUGGCUGUCGUGCUAGCUCGCAACGCCUACCAGCUCGUCAAUAUUGUAUCGCAAAUCCUGCAAGCAUACAUGAUGAACCCAACCGAAUGGGACCUCAAAGGACGUACGGGAUUUGUGUGGGGCUCGACGGCCUUUUGCGUCUUCAUCUGGUCCUACUUCCGGCUCCCUGAAAUCAAAGGUCGCACGUACGAAGAGCUAGAUAUUCUGUUUCGCAACAAUGUAUCCACACGCCAGUUCUCCAAAGCUCGUGUGGAUGCGUAUGCAUUUGCGCCUGGAGGGGUGCACGAGGAGGAGGUGAAGUCGCUAAAGUAAUCGGCUGUGCGCACUCCAGGGGGGGAAUGAGAGUAGUAAAAUCAUCAGCAACAUGGGUUUUGUCAACACGGUAGAAUCGGAUGGGCUUCAUGUCACCUUAGGAAAAUAUUGAAGAACUACUGUAAAACUAUCCAUUUCAGUGGCUGAUCAUGCUGCUCAUUCACAUGCUGUCAUAGAUGACCACCAGAGCACGGCCAGAUGAACUGACAAGAAGUCAGAUC